CCUAAACCACAGAAGGGAGUUUUCUGUCCAGGAAAAGCGAAGCUGGGAGGAGCAGAAGAGGAGAAAUGAUCGUGAUAUCAGUCUGUCCUGAUAAAAGAAGAAACACAAUCACUCCUGAAUCACAGCAUCUACAGAAAUGGAGAGAAUCACAUGUAUGUCUCUUCUGCUCACAGCUGUGGUCAGUUCUUCUGCACGAGCUCCGCGUCAGUAUCACUUUGUGAAUCAGAACCUGAGCUGGACUGAAGCUCAGAGUUACUGCAGAGAGAAAUACACAGAUCUGUUCACUAUCAGUGACAUACAAGAACAGAAUGACAUUGAACAGGCCAUAAAGAGAGUGAACAGCAAUGCUGACCGUGUCUGGAUUGGACUGAAGAACACUAAAGUUGGUUUCUGGAGUGACCCUGUCUUCUACACAGAACAGUACAGGAACUGGGGAUCCGACCAACCAGGAGGAGAUGGAGACUGUGUUUACAUGAACUGUGUGAAUGAUCAUAAAGGACAGUGGCAUGAUGUAGACUGUAAUACAACAAGGCAUUUCAUCUGCUAUAAUGCCAGUAAAGGAUUCAUCAUUGUACAGGAGCAAAAGAACUGGACUGAAGCUCAGAAAUACUGCAGAGAGAGUCACACAGAUCUGGCCAGUGUGAGGAAUCAGAGCGAGAAUGAACAGAUUCAGAAGAUCAUAGACCAAAACAAAACUUCAGGUGAUCAAGAUAAACGAGUCUGGAUCGGUCUGCACAGACUCUGGGUUUGGUCAGAUAACAGCACCUCCACAUUCACACACUGGAAACCUAAUAAUAAUAACAACAAUCGUGAGACCUGCACAUUGAUUGUUAUCAGUGAUGAAGGACAAUGGACAGAUGAGAAGUGUUCAGAAGAGCAUCCCUUUGUGUGUUAUGAUGAGAAGCUGGUUCUGGUCCGAGAGAAUAAGACGUGGACUGAAGCUCUGAGACGCUGCAGAAACAUGGACAUGGACCUGGUGUCGGUGGAUUCGGAGCAGAUGCAGCAGCGGGUGAUGAAUGUGACCUCGAGCGCUCUCUCUGAUCACGUGUGGCUGGGUCUGCGUCACUCCUGCACAGUGGGGAUCUGGUUCUGGGUCAACGGUCAGACCGUGUGCUACGAUCAGUGGGCUUCUGAUUAUGACAUCGGACUGGACGAAUGUGAUCAGACGGUGAGAUCCGGAGCCAUUCGGACCCAUGAUAAUCACUGGAUCAGCCUUCCUGAAACUAAAGAAAUCAACUUCAUCUGCAUCAAGUACAUGUGAUCCAGAUUACACUAUCAGAUUACUAACAUGAAGCACUUGUGAUGAGAUUAUAUAAUAUUUAAAAUGCCCAUAAUCAGAUACCUGUUAAUUAUUGAUUUUAUUGAUUACAUAUUCAGACAAUGGCAGUACAUUAUUAAUGUGAUCAUAAAAAAAGUACUUAGAAUACAUUACUAAUAAUCUGCAAUCUCAUAGAUUGUUACUAAAUUAAGUUUUCGUCAUGUAAUUUGGAAUCCUUAAUGGACUAAAAUGAGUCAAAAAAACAGAUUCAGUCAAGCCAUUUGGACUCAAAUGAUUCAAUUCAAUUGACUGAGCAAAGUGACAUUCAGCCAAGUACAAACUCAGUGCACAACACAACUGCAUUUAACCAUCCAAAGAGCACACACAAAUCGUGAACACACACUCAGGGAGCAGUUGGGGGCUCAAUGUACUUCCCCUAAAUGGAAUUCAAUUCAAUUCCAGUUUAUUUGCUUUUUCACAAUCAAUAUUAUUUCAAAGCAGAAAAUUUAUAUUUCAUUGUUACAAUUGGGAAGUUUCUUGUAAUAUGACUAAAAUGAUCUCCAUUUAAAGUAUUUUCAUGUCUAUUUGAACUUCUAUCAUGCUUUCACUUGUUUAAGUUCAGUUAUAUGAUUCAGAUUCAUGACUCAUGAGGUGAUGGAUACAAAUAUUUACUGUGUUUUCUGUCAUUUUGAAUUAUUGAUUUUGUUUGUUUGUUUAGUACAUAUUAUUUACUACUUACAUUUACGUUUGCUGAAUCAAUGGCCUAAGCAAACUCCAUCUAAAAUUACUUAGACACAUUUAUAUAUAAUCAUAAUACAUGCCACUGAAUAAAAACUAAUCUGUAUUUUAACUUGUGCUUUUGCUUGUUUCAUACAGAGUUCCUUAAUGGAAACUGUGAUGCAAAAUACUUAAGAUAGAAUUACAUGUGAGAUCAUAUUUCACUGCUUUUGCAUUUCUCCCUUCAUAUGGACAGAAUAUGAAAGCAUUAAAAUAUUAUUCUUCCUCCUAUCUCAUAUGUUUUCCAUCACCAUUUGCAUUUAGGGACUUUCCUAAUCCAGCUUUCUAGCUUUAAAUAAUAAUCCAGCUUGCUUUAAAUAAAAAUAAUUAGCAAAGAAUGCAUGCAAACAUAAUCAGAUAAAUGUAAUAUUAAAAUAAUGCUUAUUCAUAUUCCAAUAUUGCGGCAAAUUACACUAUCUACAAAUAUAUACAAUAAGACACAAAAAAAAUGAAUGAAUAAUGAAAAAUUACAUGUUUGACUUGACAUUUGUGCAUAUAAUUAUACAAAUAACCGCCUGUAUGUAAAUAUAUUUCUGAUUGUCAGUGAUUUUCGUCAUUGUUGAAUUUCUGUAAAUUCAUGAUUCAUUCUAUUAUCUUUUCCUGACAAAAUAAAGCUUUGCAUGAAAUCUCAUUUGACACUGAUGUCAUCUUGUGGGAACCUGAUCUCUUAUCUCUCUCAUUAAUUCUGAAUGUACAUGAGGAAGAUGAACGAAUCAGACUGGAUUUGGUGUGGUUUUGGAGAAACUGGGUGUAGUCUGGAGGGAUCUUAAACUCUAAAAAGUUCAUAUUAUAGUCCAGUCUGGAGAGAACAAGAGCUUGGUCAAGAAGUUGGGUGGCUUGCUCUGACAGGAAGGGUCUAAUCUCCCUAAUGUUGUAUAAGGCAAACCUGCAGGACCAGGUUGUUGUAGAAAUAUGGUCUGUGAAUCUUAACUGAUGAUCCAUCACAACUCCUAGGUUUCUGGCUCUCCUCGAAGGAGUAAUGGUUGACGACCCCAGCUGUAUAGAGAAGUUGUGAUGAAGCAAUGGGUUAGCUGGAAUCACCAGGAGUUCUGUCUUCGUAAGGUUAAGCUGAAGGUGAUGGUCAUUCAUCCAGCUAGAGAUGUAACUCAGACAGGCUGAAAUGCGAGCAGCUACCGUCGGGUCAUCAGGCUGGAAUGAGAAGUAGAGUUGAGUGUCAUCAGCGUAGCAGUGAUAAGAAAAGCCAUGCUUCUGAAUGACAGAUCCUAAUGAUGUCAUGUAGAUUGAGAAGAGAAGUGGUCCAAGUACUGAGCCGUGAGGAACUCCAGUAGCAAGUUGUUGUGACUUAGAAACAUCACCCAUCCAAGACACACUGAAGGAUCUGUCAGAGAGGUAGGACUUAACCCACAGGAGUGCGGUUCCAGAGAUGCCCAUCUUUCUGAGGGUGGACAGGAGAAUCUGGUGAUUAACGGUGUCAAAAGCAGCAGACAGGUCCAGUGAGAUGAUUACUGAGGAUUUUGAAGUUGCUCUUGCCAGUUGCAGGGCUUCAGUAACCGAGAGCAGGGCAGUCUCAGUUGAGUGGCCACUUUUGAAGCCAGAUUAGUUGCUGUCCAGGAGGUUAUUCUGUACAAGGAACAUAGAAAGCUGGUUGAACACAUGUGUCUUUGCAAUGAAUGGACGAAGGCAUACCGGUCUGUAGUUUUCUAGAAGUGCUGGAUUUAGAGAUGGUUUCUUAAGCAGUGGACUUACCCGAGUAAGUGAAGGUAUGACUGAAGAAGAAAUUGCUUGAAGGAGGUGAGUGGGGAUCGGAUCAAGUGCACAAGUAGUAGGAUGAUUGGACAGGAUGAGUUUGGAAACAUCCAUCUCUGAGAGUGGGGAGAAGGAGGAGAGAGAGUGUGCAUUGGCCGUUGUGAAGUUAUCCCCAGUCUGCGGUGUGGAGAAUUGGUCACUGAUGGUUCUUGUCUUAUUUGUGAAGAAAACUGCAAAGUCGUCAGCUGUAAGAGUUGAUAGAGAAGAAGGUAGAGGUGGAUUAAGAAGAGAAGAGAAAGUUUUUGUCAUGAUCCUGGUUUCUUCUCCUCCUUCUCUGUCUCCCUCUUGUGGUCACAUACUGACUCACAUUAUCACGCACACACAUCCACUCCUCCGCUCAUUAUCGCUUUCAGCUGUUUCCCCUUUCAUUCCCUUCUCCUCACCUGUCCCCUCUUUUGCCCUUGAUUGUCUCUUCUUCUUAUUCCCUCUUUCUAGCCCUGUCUUGUUGUCGGAUUAUUCAAUGACCUCUCGUGAGAAACGUCUGUUCUCUAGUCCUGUCUUGUCUGUGAAAUCCUUAUUUCUACUGUGAGUUAUACUGCCAUUGGACUGUGUAUUAUCCAGCUGUGCCUGUUUGCAGAGUACCUGUUCAGCGCCUGCCCUUGGCUGUUCACUCUGCCUGCUGUCUUCACUGUUUCAGACUGGCUGUAUGCAUCUCGGGGUCCCUGCCUCUGUCCUCGUGGAAGUUUAUGUAGAUUUUCUUAGAUCCAAUUGUCUGACAAUUUCUGUUCUGGCUCUGACUGAAGCCUGUGAUUUAUGUUCCAAUUAAUCAGUGAAGACAUUUACUUUAACAGUUCCACCACUACCAUCAUGAGACCACUGGGAGGCAGAGGUGGACUGCAUCUUCAAGUUUUCUCUUUUUAAGGAGGAGAUGAUCCAAGUCUUUGACCGGUCCGCACAUGGUGACGAAGCAUCCCACCUCCUAUCCGCCUUGCACCAGGGGAAGAGGUCAGUCACAGAUUUUCAAUUGAGUUUCGAACCCUGGCCACAACGAGUGGAUGGAAUGGCCCGGCACUAAUCACCCAUUUUCUUGAGGGCCUGAACUCUGACAUUAAGGAUGAGGUCUUUGUCUGAGAGGUUCUUGACAGUUUCAACUCCCUUGUCGAGCUGGCUUUCCUCGUCGAAAGACGCCUCGACAUGCGACGAAGGGCUCGCAGAAUGGAGGCUUCGUUACUUCCCGCUUCCGCAGCGACCCACUGCCAUCUGCUGCUGAUCCCGAGCCGAUGCAGCCAGGGGCGCUUCGUAUAUCCACAUGGGAACGCCAAUGCAGGAUUAUGAAUCACCUUUGCAUGUACUGUGUUGCCGCUGAUCAUUUUGUCUCUAGGUGCCCAGUAAAAGCCAGCGCUUUUCAGUAGGUGGAGGGUUACUGGUGAGCGCUACAUCAUGGGUCUCUCCGUCUAAGUCCUGUACUGCCCUUCCCGUACACCUCCGCUGGCCGGGAUCAUCAGUUUCCUGCUCUGCAUUGCUUGAUUCGGGGACGGAGGGGAACUUCGUUGACGAGACUUGGGCUUUGGAACAAGGUAUUCCCCUCUCAGAAGUCCCUAGGGCACUUUGAAAACCGGGUAUUCCUUUCGGAUUGGUAAACGCCCCCACGGUCUUUCAAGCCUUAGUCAAUGAUGUCCUACGGGACAUGCUCAACGUCUUUGUGUUCGUCUACCUCGACGACAUUUUGAUCUUUUCGCCAUCACUCCAGGUGCACGUCCAACAUGUGCGUCGUGUCCUUCAGCGGCUACUGGAAAAUCGGAGGUUGAUAACCGAGAAAUGUUCUUUCCAUGCCCCCUUAGUUAUGUUCCUAGGUUCAGUCAUCUCGGCAGAGGGGAUUAGUAUGGACCCAGCUAAGGUCCAGGCUGUUACUGAUUGGCCCGUGCCCGACUCCCGCCUCGCGCAACAACGUUUUCUCGGGUUUGAAAAUUUUUAUCAUCAUUUUAUACUAAAUUUCAGUCCUCUUACAGCUCUGACCUCAGUCAAGUCCCAGUUUAGGUGGUCAGAAUCUGCGCAGACUGCGUUUGACGUUCUAAAGUCUCGUUUUACUACCGCGCCUAUCCUUCUUACACCUGACUUCUCUAAACAAUUUAUAGUCGAGGUCGAUGCCUCUGAAGUAGGGGCAUCGCGAACUACUCGCCAUCCAUCUAGCGUUAGGCGAAUGGUGACAGUGGCUAGAGGGAGCUCCCGUUCCUUUUAUUGUCUGGACAGAUCACCGAAACCUAGAAUAUAUCCGCAAGGCCAAGAGACUAAACGCUCGUCAAGCCCGCUGGGCUCUAUUCUUUACCCGUUUCUAUUUUACCAUCUCGUAUCGUCCGGGUACCAAAAACGUCAAGCCUGACGCGCUAUCUCAUCUUUUUGACUCCUCUUCGUCUUCUGAGCCUGAGGAGAUUAUUCCCCCGGGUCAUGUUGUUGGCAUGACCGUCUGGGGAAUAGAGAUGCUGGUUAAGCGUUCUUUUUCUCAUGUCAUAGUCCCGCGCAACUGUCCUAAGGGGCUCCUUUUUGUUCCUGUAUCCGUGCGUCGAGCUGUCCUUCAAAUGGGGACACACCUCUAAACUGACAGCCCAUCCUG